UGCUAGCAGCACUGGGGUUAAAGCCUUGGAGGUAAACCACAACUAUUUACAAUCAUCAGCAAUGCACUCUACGUAUCUGAAAGUCUGAUUUCAGGCCUUUUAAAGACUGUCUCUGAACAGUGGCACCAAAAAUUUGGAGAAGCUCACAUUUUCUCUUAUUGUCGUGAAGCAGAGGACAUUUCUUCUGAACCUGAACAGCAGAAUAAAUAUGCUAAGCAUCGCAGGGAACCAGAUCAAGUCGUGUUAAUGUUUAACCCCUUUCAGUUCUAUGAAAUUUCCACAUAAGCAGCAGAAUGAAGAACGCUGCCUGAGUGUUGCUGAAGGACAACGGGACCCCAUUUAUUUUUAUUAUGCUGCCUUCUCCUGGCUGACUCCGGACAAGUGCAGACCGAAGAGCUCCGCUGACAGAACACAGAAUCAAAAUGGAUGAAUCCUCCACCUAACACACAAAUCCACUUUCCAGAAUGCUCAGUGGAAAAGAGGCAUUCAUCCAGCAUGAAAUGCAGCGCAUACUGAUAAUCUGCAUGCCUAAUUAAGCUAUGAUGAGAAGACAGUAUCUGGGUAACAGAAGAUGAACCCACUCGAUGCAACAAAAUCAGGAUUUUUACUGUGCAUUGCUGUCUGUAUGUUCAUCUACACUUUCAUCUACCUGAAGGACACGCUUUCUGCAGAGCAAGAGCAACAGAAAUUUAGCACAAACAGAGCAGAGUGUGGAUAUUACCCAGAUGAACUUUGUCCAGCUCUUUUUGUGGGGAAAACUGCGGCCCUUAAAAUUGGAAGCAUUUGUCAGAACACCUACAGACCUGCAGCACUCAGCUGUGUUCGGACCUCAUGCAACUGCUCCACAGUUCUCAAGGCUCUGCACUUUAUAACGAGACCACUGUCAGAUGAAGAAGGAAGUUUCUCACUGGCGUACAUUAUCACAAUCCACAAGGAGCUGGAAAUGUUUGUAAAGCUGCUAAGAGCUAUUUAUACACCUCAGAAUGUUUACUGCAUACACGUUGAUGAGAAGUCACCAACAGAUUAUAAAGCUGCUGUACAGAACAUUGUAAAUUGCUUUGAAAAUAUUUUUAUUUCCUCAAAAAGGGAGAGCGUUGUUUAUGCAGGAUUUUCAAGGCUACAAGCUGAUAUUAACUGCAUGAGAGAUCUGGUUCAUUCCAAAAUCCAAUGGAAUUAUGUUAUUAAUCUGUGUGGCCAAGAUUAUCCUAUUAAAACAAACAAAGACAUCAUAAAAUAUAUCAAAAGUAAAUGGAAUGGUAAAAAUAUGACUCCUGGGGUAGUCCAACCACUUCACAUGAAACACAGGACGCAGGUUAGUUACAGAGAAUACGUGCAUUCUGGAGUGUCGUAUGUGUAUCCCACAAAGAAUACAAAAGCUAAACCUCCAUACAACUUGACCAUAUAUUUUGGUAGUGCCUAUUACAUAUUAACUAAAGAAUUUGUAGAGUUUACACUGACUGAUGCACGUGCAAAAGACUUGCUUGAAUGGUCAAGAGACACGUACAGUCCGGAUGAACACUACUGGGUCACACUGAACCGUCUGCAGGAUGCCCCAGGUGCUACACCACACGCAGACUGGGAAGGAAACAUACGAGCCAUUAAAUGGAAAGAUCAAGAAGGAACCGUACACAAAGGCUGCAAAGGUCAUUACAUCAGAGACAUUUGUGUCUAUGGACUGGGGGAUUUACAGUGGAUUAUCGAAUCGCCUCACUUGUUUGCCAACAAAUUUGAGCCUGCAACGUAUCCACUGGUGAUGGACUGCCUAGAGAGACGCCACAGGCUGAAAGUGCUGCACCAGGCAGAGGUCCCAAUUGAAGAUGACUGGCGUUUUCAGGAAGAGAACUCCUUCAACAUGAAGCUGGAUGUUUGAGAUUAACUGAAAUGUAAACGCACACCCAGAAUACUGAGAACCCAUCAGUGUUUUCACCCAUAGACUUCAUUCACUUGGUGCACUGCUUACCCCCGUGCUGUGAUGCUGUACUACUGUUUGACCAGUGAAAUAGGCAGUUAGUGUUACCACAGUAACAGAAAGAGCAAUGGCUGCUAAAGGAUUAAUUCCUACAGAAAAUGAUGUCUGUAAGAAGUUCAUAAUCUUCUAAGUGACUCAUUUAACUGGAAAAUACACAUUCCCCAUGUCUGUAGCUGAAAAAAAAAAAAAAAAGAGGACUCAGUGGUAUAAGAGUAACAAAAUGGAGGUAAUGACUGAACAAAGGUGAAAUAUGAAGAGUACAAGCUAA